CCCUCUGGAGUAUUUGCUUGGCAGGGAAGGUGCUUCUAGCCAGUCUAUUCUAGGAGGAAGAGGACAGCAAAGUAGGUAGAAGGGACAGGUUCUUCCUCAGAUCCCGUACCGAAGUCUCCCUUUCCUGUCCCCUCCUUUAAACCAAUGAUCUGGAAAUUUAAAGGACAUUUCAGUCUGAAAGAUGAUUCCCAAGGAGUUGAAGGUGAAUGGAGUUAAGAUAGAGGGGUUGGAGGUAGGCAGUGCCUCCCAGGCAGCUGAAAUCAAUAUCCACAUUCACCAGGAGUCUGCUCUGCCCCAUGUCUUCAAGGCUGGGAAGUCUCUGUUACAAUUUUUUGCUGAAUCCCCUGGCAUUCUGGGGUCAAGCACAACAAGUCGGCUUCAGUUGGCAACCUGGACUACACAGAUAAUAUUGGGAGUCAUAAGUGGGGCCCUAGGUGUCUUCAUCAUCAUGGGACCCUACACUGACAUGUUUUUUUCCGGAGCUUCUUUCUGGACUGGAGCUGUGGCUACCAUAGCUGGAGUUGUUGCUUUCAUUCGAGAGAAGAGGAGAAGUUCCUGGUGGAGCUUCCUGAAAGUCCUGUUCCUUCUGGCUACUAUUUCCACUUCCAUUGCUGCCAUUGUCAUCGGGGCUCGUGAUCUAGGUCGAAACCCAUUCUAUAACAUAGAUGAUAUUUGUAGAAAUAAUCAAGGCUACCCUACUGCAAGUCCUGAUGACUUCUGGAACCAAGAGGACUGCUUUAACCAUAUGUUCAUGUUACGGAACCUGUUUGAGGGAAUUCGGACCAUGCUGUUCGCAGUCUGGAUCAUCCUGCUGAUGGUAACACUGAUCUCCAUAGGGUUCCCCUUCAUCCAGUCAUGCUUCUGCCACAAGAGCAACUUACCACCUGAGCAGGAUAAAGAUAAGAAGAAACUACUUGCUGGAGAGCCGACAGUGUCCUGUGAGGCUUGACGAGAUCAGCCCGGCUCUCGGCUUCUGAAAUGACCUUACAUACACACACACCCUGAUGUCACUGCUCAACCUUUAGUCCCGCACCCGAAGAGAAUAAAGCUUAUCCUGCCGCUUCUCACAACCCACAAGAUCUGGGAAUGCCCUGUUCAUCCUCCCUACUUUGGGGAAAAUCUGAUAAUAAAAUUACAGCUGCA